AUGUCUUCAGAAACCAACAAGAAGACGGCUCAGCCAGACGGCGGAGACGUCAUCCGGACACAGACCGACUUCGAGGACGGCAGCAUGGAGAAGCUCAAGCACGGGGAAGUCGACCCGGCCCUCGCCUUCGUCAACGGCGAGCAGGUCGUGUUCACGCCCGAGGAGGAGAAGCAGGUCCUGUGGAAGAUCGACAAGGCCAUCCUGCCGCUCCUGAUGUGGAUCUACGCCCUGCAGUUCGCCGACAAGACGUCCCUCAACUACGCCUCCCUCAUGGGCAUCCGCGAGGACACCAAGCUGGACCCGACGAGCCAGCAGUACAGCUGGGCGUCCAGCAUCUUUUACGCCGGUUACCUUUUGUGGGAGUUCCCCACGACGUACCUCCUCCGACGUCUCCCGCUCGGGAAAUACACGUCGGCCAACAUCAUCCUCUGGGGCGUCGUCCUGAUAUGCCACGUCUUCGCCUUCAACUACGCCGGCCUCCUCUCGGUCCGCUUCUUCCUCGGCGCCCUCGAGGCCACCGUGACGCCGGCCUUUGUCAUCCUGACGUCGGCCUGGUACAAGCAGAACGAGCAGGCCAAGCGCAUGGGCUACUGGCUCAGCUGCAACGGCGUCGCGCUCCUGACGCUGGGCCCCAUCGCCUACGGCCUCUCGGGCGCGCACAACACGGUCCUGGCGACGUGGAAGGUCCUCUACCUCGUGCUGGGCCUGCCGACCGUCGUCACGGGCGUCUACUGCUGGUGGUUCAUGCCGGACAACCAGACCAACGCCAAAUUCCUCACCCACCGCGAGAAGUCCAUCGCCAUCGAGCGCAUCCGCGGCAACUUCCAGGGCAUCGGCAGCCGCCGGUGGAAGUGGGACCAGUUCCGCGAGGCCUUCCGGGACCCGCGGACCUACCUCUACGUGCUCUUUUCGCUGCUGAUGAACAUCCCCAACGGCGGCAUCACCGCCUUCGGAUCCAUCAUCAUCAACUCCUUCGGCUUCAGCCCGCGCCUGUCGCUGCUGCUCAACAUGCCCACCGGCGUCGUCGACAUCGCCUGCAAGCUGCUCUUCACCUACCUCUCGGACCGGCUCAUGGACCGCUCCCUCUUCGCCUUCGUCGCCAUCCUCAUCCCCAUGGUCGGCGGCAUCAUGAUGAUCGCCAUCCCGCUCUCGGCGCAGGGCGCGCUGCUCGUGGGCUACUACCUCAUCGGCGCCGCCGGAUCCUCGUGGUGCCUCGUCAUGGUCAUGAUCUCCAACAACACGCUCGGCUACACCAAGAAGGCCACCGUCAACGGCCUGCAGAUCCUCGCCUACGGCGCCGGCAACUGGAUCGGCCCGCAGACGUUCCGCUCCAACGAGGCGCCCAACUACCACAACGGCAAGCUGAUGGUGGCCAUCAUGUACGGCCUCGCCGCGUGCACCAUCGUCGCCAUCCGCCUCGUUAACAUCUGGGAGAACAGGCGGCGGGACAAGAAGGCCGUCGAGGAGCCCGAGACGUCCACGGCCGGGACCGAGUUUCUGGAUCUGACGGACUUUGAGCAGCCCAACUUCCGUUACGUGCUUUGA